AUUUGCUUUGACAGCAAACCCCGGAUUAUCAGCAAAGGGACCAAGGACACACCAUCUGUCUGCUCCAACCUUUCUGCCAAACACAGUUUCCAUGACAACAAGUGUCUGGUCCACAUUGUACGUUCCACCUCCCUGAAAUACUCCAAGAUCCGCCAGUUCCAGGAGCACUUCCAGUUUGACGUGUGCCGACAUGAGGUGCGUUAUGGCUGCCUGCGCGAGGACAGCUGCCACUUUGCUCACAGUUUCAUCGAGCUCAAGGUCUGGCUGCUGCAGCAGUAUUCAGGAAUGACCCAUGAAGAUAUCGUGCAGGAAUCGAAGAAGUACUGGCAGCAGAUGGAGGCACAUGCCAGCAGACCAGCCAACAGCAUGGCUUCUCCCCGGGCUCCCACGUCAAGCACCUUUGACCUCCAGAUGAAAUUUGUGUGUGGCCAGUGCUGGAGGAACGGGCAGCUGGUGGAGCCAGAUAAAGACCUCAAGUACUGUAGUGCCAAAGCCCGCCACUGUUGGACGAAGGAACGUCGCGUCCUGCUGGUGAUGUCCAAAGCAAAGAAGAAGUGGGUGUCUGUCCGACCACUGCCUUCCAUCCGCAACUUCCCACAGCAAUACGAUUUGUGUAUCCAUGCACAAAAUGGCAGGAAAUGUCAGUAUGUGGGCAACUGCUCUUUCGCCCACAGCCCGGAGGAGAGAGACAUGUGGACCUUCAUGAAGGAAAAUAAAAUACUAGAUAUGCAGCAGACCUAUGACAUGUGGCUAAAGAAACACAAUCCUGGGAAGCCUGGAGAGGGGACGCCGCUCACCUCGCGAGAAGGAGAGAAACAGAUCCAGAUGCCCACCGACUAUGCUGACAUCAUGAUGGGCUACCACUGCUGGCUCUGCGGCAAGAACAGCAACAGCAAGAAGCAAUGGCAGCAGCACAUCCAGUCGGAGAAACACAAGGAGAAGGUCUUCACCUCGGACAGUGACUCCAGCUGCUGGAGCUACCGCUUCCCCAUGGGCGAAUUCCGGCUCUGCGAAAGGUUCCAGAAGAACAAGACCUGUCCCGAAGGAGAGGAGUGUCGCUACGCCCACGGCCAGGACGAGCUGACAGAAUGGCUGGAUCGGAGGGAGGUGCUGAAACAGAAACUGGCCAAAGCCCGCAAGGACAUGCUGCUCUGCCCCAGGGAUGACGACUUCGGGAAAUACAACUUCCUAUUGCGGGAUGGCGUAUAG